GAGGAAAGGAGGACAGGUUCCCUGUGCUUUCCUUGAAUCCCUUUCCUGUUGGCCAUGGAGGCAUGCUGGCAGGGAGGGUGUCUUUCUUGCAAACAUCCUAACAGAGCCUGGAUCUGCUGCGCUUUUGCUUUUACCUUCUUCUCCCCUUGGUGUGUGUGUGUUUGUGUGUGUUCCUCUUUAGCACACGAGGAAGAAGGAAAUAGCUAAUGCCAACCUGCUUCUGGCUCAAGGGGAGUGCUGGGGGGACAGCAAGUGCAGGUCCCAUAGGGCCGCCAUGCGCUGGGCGCGCAGCCUGAGCUGCUCACAGGGCAGCUCUUCCCACGGAAACAGCCAUGCGGCACCUCAGUGGUUCUGCUUCUGUAAAGCCAGUGCGAGCCUGAAAUAAAUUAACCAGCGUGAGAAGUGACCGGACUGACGGAAUUCAUGCAAAAUAGGUUGUAAGCCACCACAAAAGGGGGAAAUGCAUAAAAAACAGUGAGACCUGAAACAAAAAUGAAUGCAUGUGUGCAUGGUAGAAGAAACCUGGAGAUCUUCCCCCUACCUCUGUGCCUGAAAAGUCACAUUCUGGCAAACAAACCUGCUUUUGAUAUGAACUCCAAGGUGAUCUCAGUGCAGGGAUCCAAAGCCGAGACAGCUGCAGGGCAGGCUGUCACAGUGCUCCCGAAGCAGCCGGGGAACAGCACCUGUGGUGGAGGUGUGGAAGAGCGAGAGCAAGGUUUUGACCUUUUUUUCCUUUUGAGAGCAAGGUGUCACCUGGAGCUGGCCAGGUGCUUCCUAGGUGCACUGAUAGCUUGAUAAAAUGGAGAAAUAAAGCUGUGCAUCUUGCCCAAGGACUGCUUCGAAGGGCUGAGAGCUGCAUGGGUUUUGAGGACAGCUUGAUGCAGGACCUGCCAUAGUCUGAAGUUCUGCCUAGCGAAAAAUACUGGCAGGUCUGAAAUUGGGCAUCUCCUUCUACAAUAAAAUAGCUCAGCCCCAAGAAAAUUUCUUGACAGCAGUAGAUUGGUAUUAAUAUUGAAUUUAAUUUGAAUAAGUAAUGAAUCACAUGGUCUUGUCACUGCGAUCUGUUUGUUCUUUUAAAAGUUUUUGCGUAGACGCAUCCUGUUGGCUGAUGAGCAUGGGGAUGGUUGUUUCUUUUCUUUUUUUUUUUGCUGUCUUCAUUCUUAUCUGCAGCUUGCAUGUGUGGUUGUGCCCCAUGUAAAACAUCCCAUGGCUGCAGUGCAGGGAAAUGGCAUUUACAUUGGAAGAUCCCUGUGAGGUGGGGGGCAGUAGUGCUGGGGGUCAAGGUGGGGCUGAAGGCAGCCUUGUCCUCUCCUCCUCCUCCUUCUCCUCCUCCUCCCCAUCCCUGUGCAGGCAGGCCAUGUGCGUGGGGAGGUGCAGCCGCAUCGUGGGCCCCUGCCUGCUGGCACUGGGCACACUCUCUGUGAUAGCCAACAUCCUCCUGCUCUUCCCUGUCGGGGCGUGGAAGUACCUGGUCGACGGGCACAUCACCAAACAGGCCAAGGUCAUGCCGGGCAUCUGGGGAGGAGGCAUCACCGUGCUGCUAGUGGCGACCCACAUCACAGCGGUGGGGUGGCGAUGCGCCGGCUGCUCCGACUGCGGCACCCGUCGCAAUGCCUUUCUCUCCGCUGUCCUCUCCAAGCUGGCACUCCUGGGCUCCACCGCCUGCUUCAUCCUGUCUGGUGUGGGCCUGACCAACGGCCCCCUCUGCCUCUACAACGCCUCCGAGCAUGGCCGCGGCCCCACCUGGGGAUACCCUUUCUUGGACACCGGCAGCCAGGCGUCUGACACCAGGGUACUGGUGCCGGCGGAUUAUUUCCUGUACAAGCCGGACACCUGGGACACCUGCCUGGAGCCGGUGGGCAUCGUGGCUUGGAAUGUCGCCCUCUUCUCCCUCCUGCUGCUCGUCAGUGCUGCUGAGAUGGUGCUGGCCUCCAUCCAGAUCCUCAACGGCUGUGCUGGCUGCCUCUGUGGCUUCUGCGAGGGGAAGCAGGGCCGCCCCACACGCCUGGACUGA